AUGGCUUCCGUUUAUCUCCUCAAACGGAUCAUCAACCGAAGGCAACUCUCUUGGAAAUCCAUGAUGGCAAGAGCAGAGGAGCAGAGACCGCGAUGGACUGAAGAAGAAGACCAUAAGCUCAUUGAAUGUAAAAGCAGAAAUCCCCAUCUAUCUUGGCCAAAUAUCGCAAUGCUGGCAGGGCUGGAGAGGAGUGGCAAGAGUUGCAGGGAGAGGUGGAAUAACAGUCUGACGGAAGACAAUACCCUGCAGUGGCUUCAUGGGAAUAGCAAAAAAUCAUCUUCCAGGGCGAGCCGCUGGAACAACCAAUUGAAGAAGAAGCUUGGGAUAAGGCGUUCUGCAAGAUACCCUAUAGUCUUCGCACCCGGUUCCUCAUCUUUGUUAUCAAAGAAACCUCCAAGAAAAGCACUCGAGCACCUAUCCCGUGGUGGACCUCAACAUCCCAAACCUCAGGGCUUUGAGAUUGAUAUGAGCCCUAAAGGCCUCAUCCACAUCCUUACUGUUGAGGAGAUUGAUGGCGAGCUUCAGGCCCUGAGCAAUCAAGGAGGAGAAGAGGAAGAAACUGGAAGAUGCAACCUCAAACACCAGCAGCCGCUUAGCCACAUUGAUCCCCGGCGUCGCAAUCGGUGGCCAAGGCUACGGCCAUAG